CGAGGAAGAUUACAGGGGAGCACGCGAGUCAACGGAGGUUACAUGAGGGGGCGGACAAAGAAUGCGAAAGGACUCGAAAGGUCGCAACUGGAGGUUGCGACUGACCGUUACAACAUCACGGACGGUAACCGAAGCGGCAAUCGAGUCGCUGUGCGACUCGAUAAACCGUUCCUGUCUGCUCCCGUCCUGCGCACAUUGCAGAGUCUCUUCACCCGUUCGUCGAAUUUCAAGAUCCACUAUGGUUCGGAAUACAUUCCUAUCCUGCUCGACCUUGUGUCGUCCCUGGCAUCUCUCGAUGAAUCAGAGGAGCAGCAGAGCGCAGUGGAGCAGUGGUACAAGCCAGUGCUGAUGGAUCAGCCCCUGGAGAUGAAUCCGCUGGGUCUUUUGCCUUCCAUGGGCGACCUGUUAAACCACAACAACAACAACAACAACAACAACAACAACAACAACAACAACAACAACAACAACAACAACAACAACAACAACAACAACAACAACAACAACAACAACAACAACAACAACAACAACAACAACAACAACAACAACAACAACAACAACAACCAAAGCAGCAACAACAUCAAAUGGCAGAAGAAAGACCAUUCGCUGCAGAAGUAGUUGUAAAUCAAACGGUUUUCCUAAC